CACAUAAGAUAUCACGUGCGGUAAUUUUUUGCGGGACUAUAUAUAUGGUAAUUCUUUUCGGCGCCUUUAGUUCUUGGGCAUCGAAAAGAAGCCCGAAUUCCUUCGAAUUAGGGUUCGUACUAUCGUUUCUUUGCCGAUUUCCUCUUCGCUACCUCCGGUUUAAUCUGUGAUGGCUGCGAGAGGUCGGCUAGCUCGCCAGCCUUUUGAAGAUGGUCGUCGUGGGUAUCCUGCUAUUCCAGGACCAUAUGCACGUGUUCAUCCCUCUCGUCCUCCCCAUCCUGCUGUCUAUGAGGAAGAACUUGAAGUGCAACAGCAUGAGAUUCGGAGGCUUUUGAGUGAUAACCGCAGGCUUGCUGAGGAUCGGAUGGCUUUUCAGCAGGAACGUGCUGCUGUGAAGGAGGAGAUUCAUCGUAUGAAUUUGUUCAUUGCUGAUAUUCGUGCUGAAAAAGAUGCACAUUCUAGGGAGCUAAUUGAGAAAGGCUUGAAGUUGGAUGCUGAUCUAAGAGCGGCUGAACAUUUGAGGAAUGAAGUAAUACUGCUUCGUGCCGAAGUUCAGAAACUUAAUGCCAUGAGACAAGAUCUCACUGUGCAGGGUCAGACACUGACACAAGAUUUGAAAAAGGCACGAGCUGAGCAUCAGCAAAUCCCUGUUCUUAGGUCUGAAAUUGACAGUCUAUAUCAGGAGCUUAUGCGAGCAAGGUCUGCUAUCGAGUAUGAGAAAAAAGGAAAUACUGAACUGCUGGAGCAAAGACAGGCAAUGGAGAAAAACUUGGUCUCCAUGGCUCGUGAAGUUGAAAAGUUACGGGCUGAUCUUUCAAAUGUUGAGGGAAGACCAUGGGGUGUCGGUGGAACCUAUGGUAUCAAACAUGGAAGCCCUGAAGCACCUUUUGCUCCGUAUGGGGAGGGAUACGGACUUCAUCUGGGUGGCACUGAUAAAGCUCCGGUCUAUGGUGCUGGCUCUGGAACGUGGGGAACAUAUGACAAGUCUCAUAUUGGACGUCGUUGAGCUGGUGUUUUAGUUUGUUUUUGAAUUGAAAGCAAUCACUUCAUUUUGACAUCUUCAGUGAAAGGGACGUUCUUAAGCUAAGUUGGUUGGUGCAUACUUCACCAUCAUUAUCUCUUAAGAAAGUGCUUGACAUGAGAAAGCAACAUGGCGUACUGUUUAUGUUUUACAUUUGCUUCCGUAUUGUUUAAUGUUCUAUAUCUGUUGUAUGUUAAACUUAUUAGAUAUGAGACUUAGUAAUUAUCUCCGACAUAUUUAUGUUUUGUUGUUUUUUGUUGAUUGUUCCGUCUAUCCUAUUUUUGAUUGUUGAUUCUAUGGAUUAAGUUGGCCUGUUCUAGUGAA